AUGGAUGCGAACGUUGAGGAUAUUCUCCACACCCUGACUCUGGAAGAGAAGGUGUCUCUUCUUGCUGGAAAGGACUUUUGGCAGACUGUACCAGUCGCGGAGAAGGGUGUUCCGGCAAUAAAGGUAUCUGAUGGUCCCAACGGUGCCCGUGGCGAGACGUUCAGUGGCGGGACACGAGCAGCAUGCUUUCCAGCCUCGUGCUGUUCGGCAUCCACUUGGAACCCCGAACUUAUCAGACAAGUCGGUCAUGCCCUUGCCGAGGAGACACAAACUAAGGGGUCUCGAGUGUUGCUUGGGCCUACCAUGUGUAACCACAGGCACCCGCUUGGAGGAAGAAACUUCGAAAGCUUUUCCGAGGACCCCCUUCUCACCGGCAAGCUUGCUGCCCAAUAUGUCAUCGGACUACAAGAGAAGGGAGUGGCCGGUACAUGCAAACACUUCGCUGCGAACGAGCAAGAAACCGACCGAUUGACCGUGAACGAGGUCAUAUCAGAGCGCGCUUUGCGAGAGAUUUACUUGAAGCCCUUCGAAAUCGCCGUCAAGGAAGCUAAUCCCUGGGCUUUCAUGACUUCCUACAAUCAGGUCAACGGUACUCACGCAGAUGCUAGCAAAUUUCUCCUGGAGAAAGUUCUUCGAGGGGAGUGGGGCUGGAAAGGUCUGGUGAUGAGUGACUGGGGAGGAACCAACUCUACGGCGGACUCGCUCAACGCCGGGCUUGACCUUGAAAUGCCUGGCCCCACGCGUCAUCGAACGUACAAAGGUGUGAAAGAUGCUAUCAAGAACGGCGAGGUGAAUGAGGAAACGAUUAACGACCGCGUGAGAAAUGUUCUGGAGUUGAUUCGGAAGAUUGGGGCAUUCAAGGAUCCCAGAAUCCCCCCUGAGCGGUCUGAAGACAAACCAGAGCACCGCAAACUCAUUCGGAAUGUUGGCGGACAAGGAAUCGUCCUUCUCAAGAACGAGAAUGACGUGCUUCCUUUGAAGAAAGAUCAAGUGAAGGGCAAGAAGGUUGCGAUGCUCGGUCUUGCGAAAGAGGCUUUGAUUCACGGUGGUGGAAGCGCUUCCUUACAUUCUCAUUACCGAAUCUCACCCUGGGAAGGCAUGCACAACACCUAUGGCGAUGACGUAGAAUUCAAGUUUGCGCAAGCAGUAGGCUGUACGGACUCAAAAGGCAGGCCUGGAUGGACUCUCAAAGCUUUCGAAGCCGGCAAAGGUGACAGACCUACUUUGACACUGCACGGUCACAAGGAGGCUGCUUUCACUGGCUUGUUCAACGAGGACGUGAAGUGGAAGGAUCUUGAAUUAACGACCACCUUCGUUCCCACUGAGACUGGCGAACACUACAUUGCAGGCUCUGGAAUUGGACCCAGCCGUGUGAAGAUCAACGACAAAGUCGUGUUUGAACAAAAGCAGAGUACAAACGACAGCAUGGGAUUCUUGUUCGGAGGAAAUCCAGAGACAGAGUUCACCUACGCCUUCACCGCGGGCCAGUCCUACAACAUUCGCAUCGAAUCUGAAGCGCCGGGUAAAGAGGGAUCCGAUUUCGGGGGAAUUUUGGCUGGCAUGCCGGGCUUCCGAAUGGGCUUUAUGUACGCGAAAGAGCACGACCAAGAUCUCGUUUCUCAAGCAGUGGACGUCGCUAAGGAGUGCGACUAUGCGAUCGUGUUCACAGGUCACACUCCUGUUUGGGAAACAGAAGGCCAAGAUCAAGCCGCUUUCCAUCUUCCGAACAAGGACCGCUCUCAGGACAAGCUUGUGGAAGCUGUUGCGGCUGCUAAUGCCAAGACGAUUGUCGUAAACUCCACUGGAGUAGCUGUUGCAAUGCCUUGGCUUUCGACGGUCUCUGCCGUGGUGCAAGCGUGGUUCCCGGGACAAGAGGCUGGAAACGCAAUCGCAGAUGUUCUCUCUGGUGCAAUCAAUCCAUCCGGCAGACUCCCUGUGUCUUGGCCCAAGCGAAUUGAGUACUCGCCCGCCCACGGCAAUUUUCCAGGCGAGAAGAAGGACGGCCAGCUUACGGUCAAGUAUGAAGAGGGCGUCUUUGUUGGAUAUCGUCAUUACGACCGCAUCUCGCAAGACAAGGUCCAGUUUCCUUUCGGUUUCGGUCUCUCGUACACCACUUUCAUCCUCAAGGAUGCCAAGGUCUCGCAAGCGUCAAACGGCAAGUUCACAGCUGAAGUCACUGUUUCCAACACUGGGAAACAGGCCGGCGCCACCGUUGUACAACUCUACGUUGGCAGGUCCAAGCAAUCUUCCGAGCAUCCAAUCAAGACAUUGGUUGCAUUCAAGAAAGUAUUUUUAGAAGCCGGAAAGGAGGAGAAGGUGACGCAUUCAAUAGACCUGAAGGACUUCGCCUACUUCGACCAGACGAGCUACAAAUGGAAGGUUGACAAUGGGCGGUAUGACUUUUCGUUUGGCCAGUCGACACAGCACAUCGACAGUGUUGUCAAUGUAGACAUUGAGGGGAGCUAG